AUGUGCAUACAUACUACUAACGAAGAAAAGCAACCGCUUAUUAGUAAUCACUACAUAGAACAACAACUAGACUUACAUUGUGUUGGAGUCAUGUUUGGAAAAUAUGCAACCGAAAAAGAAACCAUGACUCUACAAACUUUUCACAGAAAAGGAACUCUUUACUUUGUUAAUAAUUCACACGGAAAAAAAGAUAGGUGGAAGAUUAGAAUGUUCAUUCCUAAACAUAGUACCUCUCUUGACCCUGUACCUAAACUAUGCUUUGCAUCAAACAAAACCAUUUCAGAGCUCGGUAUGGAUUCCACUUCAAAAUUAACCAUUAACGAUGAUGACUUUAUUAUUAUUGAAUUUAUUUAUUCAAAUCCAAAGAAAACUACAAAGAAAUCCUCCCCCAAACCACAUGAAUUAUUUCUAGUACAAAAUAAGCAAAAACAUUUUCUAUUUCCUUUAUAUAUAUUUUCAAAACAAUGUUUUGAUAAUAUUUAUCUUCCAGAUUUUUGGGAAAUUUUAGUGAUUGAAACAUUUUUUAUUUAUUUACUUAAGGAAGGUGAUAUUAAUGAUAUUUUACUUUUAUGGAGUGCUGUCUUUAAAUUUAUUGGAAAUGAUUCAUUGGAUAAGGUUUAUUUUGAUUUGUAUAAUUCUAAAAAUAAUGUUAAUGGAUUCCUUUCUAUUUGCAGAGAAAUUUUGAAAAAUGAUUAUGUAGAAAAUUACUGGAAAUAUUUAUUUGAAUCUCCAUUUUUUUUAUUAAUUUAUGUGUUGACAAUUCCAAAUUUAAUUGAAAAUUUUUCAAAUAAUUAUACUGAACUAUUUCAAACAACAUUUCACAAGACUAUUGUUUCAUUUAUUAUGCAAGAGGCUUGUAAUGCGAAAUUAAUUACAAAUGCUUUAAACGAAAUGUCAAAUGAAUUUGAUUUUGUGAAAAAAUUUAAUGAUGAAAAACUGAAAUAUUUUGAAAUGUUAAAUAACACAGCAAUGGGAACAGUUUCACAUAUUGCUUCAAUUAGUGCUCAUUGUGAACAUAUUGAAAUGUUUAGAUGUGUACUUCAUCUUCUUCAAAAUAUUGGACCGUAUUUGGAAAAAUACCAAGUUGUGACGGAAUGUUCAACUCCAGAAACAAAAACUAAAACUGUUUCACUCCUUGACAAAAUCAGAAAUUUAUUCUAA